UUCUGAUUUACAAGAAGUAAAAAAUCAACUUAAUGAACGUGAUCAAAAAAUCAAUCAACAAUCCAAUUUAAUUCAAUCUAUGGUACCAAAAGAUAAAUUUGAUUUUAUAAAUAAAUCUUAUAAUGAAAUUAAAUCCGAACUUGAAGCUACAAAAGCUGAACUUGAAGCAAAACGCAGCUUAUUCGCUGAUGUUUCAUCUAUUGAAGACCUUCGUGCUCAACUUUCAAACGCAAAAGCAGAAGCGAAAGCUAAUGAUUGGGAAAAGAAACGUUAUGAAUCCACGAUUUCGGAGCUAACAAGUAAAAUUGAACGUUUAACUGCAAAAGCGCGUGAACUUUCAGAAUCAUUGUCCAAAAAACAAAAUGCAUCACCGACCAUUAACGUAAUACCUACUGAAACAAAAUCAACAAAUGAUUCUAAUGGAUUAAUAUCUGAACGAAGUAUUGAACCAUCUCCAUCAAAACUUGCAACAAUUCUUGAAACUCCUCCUUCAAAACGUAACAGUGCAAUUGAACCAUCGGAUAUUAACGGUGUUCCAACCAUGCCACAAGCAAACACUCUAGAACAAAAGAAUUUGGUUCCAGAAAUUACUGAACCGAAUAAAAAUGGUGUAAUUCCACGCCCAAAGAAGGACGACGGAAAUGGUG